UUGGUGAGCUAAGCCUAAUUCCCAUGUUCUGCUUCCUCCUCUUCCUUCCACACAUUGCCAUUUCUCAGACCUUCAUAUCUUUGGACGGCUUCAUAGUCGCCGGUGACGAUAAAGCCCCAGGCCACUGGCUCUCCCCUUCUGGGGAUUUCGCGUUUGGGUUCUGUCAAAUUGAGAACAGCGACUCUUUCCUGCUAACCACGUGGUUCGAUAAGAUCCCGGAGAAGACCAUUGUUUGGCAUGCCAAGGGAAGCCAUCCUGUUCCCACGGGAUCAAGAUUGGUGGUCACCUCCGGCCGUGGGCUGGUCCUAAACGACCCCAAGGGAGGUUUCUUGUGGAGCACCGAAACUGUAGUGAGCAGAGUCACCCAUGGGUUCUUUGAGGAUUCUGGGAACUUUGGCCUCAAGGACGAGCGCAACGGGACAGCUUGGGAGAGCUUCGAUAGUCCCACAGACACGAUCUUACCCGGUCAGGAAAUCCAGACGAAUGGAGUGGUACUCAUUGCUCAGAGAUCAGGUUCCGACCUUACCGGGGAAGGAAGGUUUCGACUCUAUCUGCAAGACGGAACCGUCCAACUUAGGACCGUGAACUUCCCUAGCACUUAUCAGAAUGAGCCUUACUAUGUGAGCGAUGACUCGAAUGCUUCAACCAAUCCCAGUAAAGGAAUCGGGUUCAACAGUUCGACAGGAUACCUGUAUAUUCUUCAUCAAAAUGGCGAAAAAUCCCCACUGGCUCGGGGGAACAAAGUGGUCUCCAGCAAAGACUACUAUCUGAGAGCGACUCUCGAGUUUGAUGGAGUUUUCAUCCAAUACUCCUAUCCUAAGAAAACAUCAGCACGCGAGAGGAAGUGGUCAGCUAUUUGGUCAGCGCCUGAUAAUAUAUGCAUUACUACCCACGUGCAAUUUGGAAGCGGAAUAUGUGGGUAUAACAGGAUCUGCAAACUCGGAGUCGACAAGAGGCCGAAAUGUGAGUGCCCAAGAGGGUUUUCUCUUCUCAACCAAAGUGAUGAGUAUACAGGCUGCAUACCCAAUUUUUCCCAGGGCUGCAGAGUCGGUGACCCGAGCUCAUCACAGGAUGAGUUUGUGCUUGAUGAAGUGGUGAACAUUAAUUGGCCAACUUCGGACUAUGAGCGUCUGCAGCCUUUUGGUGAGGAUGACUGCAAGGACUCAUGCUUAAGGGACUGUAUGUGUGCUGUUGCAAUAUUUGGAGGCGACACGUGUUGGAAGAAGAAGCUGCCUCUGUCAAAUGGAAGGUAUGAAAUCAAUCCCAACAGUAAGGCCUUCGUUAAGAUGAGGAAGUAUGGUUCUGAAACUCAGAGUCCAGGCUCUCCCAGCUCAGGUUCGAACAAAGACAAUGCUCUGAUAAUUGCAGGGUCGGUUCUUCUAGGAAGUUCGGUGUUUCUGAACUUCAUGCUGAUGGCUGCGGUUGGGCUUGGUUUCUUUCUGAUAUACCAGAAGAAAUUGAGCAGAAUUUUUGUGGAUGAGAGUGGUUUGGAUGUAAACAUUCGAUGCUUUACGUACAGAGAGCUUGAAGAUGCCACAAAUGGUUUCAAGGAAGAACUUGGGAGGGGAUCAUUCGGAAUAGUCUAUAGGGGUGAUAUUGAGGCGGGCAAUGGUUCUAAUUCCAGAACCGAAGUCGCAAUCAAGAAAUUAGACCGGCUGUUCCAGGAAAGCGAGAGGGAGUUCAAAACCGAAGUGCUCGUCAUCGGGCAAACACACCACAAGAAUCUUGUCCGACUUCUUGGGUAUUGCAACGAGGGGCAGAACCGUCUUCUGGUCUAUGAGUACCUGAGUAACGGGACCUUGGCUAGCUUCCUCUUUGGCAAUGAGAUGAAGCCUAGUUGGGAACGGAGGGUCCAAAUAGCGUUGGACGUCGGGAAGGGGCUUUUGUACCUUCAUGAAGAAUGCAGCACGCAGAUCAUCCAUUGCGACAUAAAGCCUCAGAACAUCCUGCUUGAUGAGAACUAUGGCGCCCGAAUUUCAGAUUUCGGGCUUGCCAAGCUCUUAUUAUUAAGCCAAACCCACACGAACACUGCCAUAAGAGGAACUCGAGGCUAUGUUGCUCCCGAGUGGUUCAGGAACUCGCCCAUCACCGUAAAAGUUGAUGUGUACAGCUUUGGCGUUCUCCUACUCGAGAUUAUUUGCUGCAGGAGGAGCGUGGAUAUUGAGAUUGGAGGGGAAGAUAAAGUGAUCUUGGCUGAUUGGGCCUACGAUUGCUAUAGAGAGAAGAUGAUCGAUGCUCUCGUGGAGAACGAUGAGGAGGCAUUAAGUGAUUUCAAGAGGCUCGAGAGGUUCGUGAUGGUGGCGAUCUGGUGCAUCCAGGAAGACCCUUCUCUCAGGCCGACUAUGAAGAAGGUCAUGCUGAUGCUAGAAGGGAUAAUUCAAGUCUCUACUCCCCCGUGUCCAUUCCCAUUCAGCACUAUAAGUACAGUGUAGCAUCGGUAUAUAUAUAUAUAUAUAUAUAUAUAUUUUUUUUUUUUUGACGUGCAGCCAUCUCUUAGAAGAUGAAAUCCUGCCAAGCCAGUGACUGUAUUUGUUACUUUUGUUUGAUAAGAGUUAGAUGGAAAACUCAGUUUAGUAUCCUCUUGAAGCAUGGGCGGCUCGAGGGCUGAAAUUUACGGGA